AUGGUUAUAAAUAGAGAGCAUACCGCUAAUAGAGUAAACUUCAAUCUAGACACUCCCAACGGCCAAGAUCUCCCUAAUAGACCCGCCAGCCAAGCUUCAGACAACUAUCUAGAGCACGCAGAGUUUGUAGAAGGCCAAGCCAGCCCAACCAUAAACGCCACCCGCACCCCAUCACCUUUAAAUGUCGAUGCCGUCUAUUCAGCUCUUCCACCUGGCUUAGCUGAUCAGAUGGUCAUGUACCAUGAGUAUAUGAACCGUAUUAUCGAGAUAGCGGAGCUCGCCUAUAACACGAUUGAGCGUCUCGAGGGCGAAUAUCGAAGACUCGCCUCUGUCAAUAAUGACAUUGCACAUUUUAUGGCUGCUUUGCAAGCGUCGGGCGAAGGUAGUGUUAACGAUGGUGGAGAGAAUGGCAAUGACAAUGGAGGUUCCGGAGAAGGAGGUGAUGGUUCUGGGGAAGGAGAUGAUACUGUUGUUUAA